GCCCUCGCAGUGGGUGGGAUUACCGCUAGAAAGAGCUCACGUAAGUGGCUGCUUCUUCCCGGAACUUCCUGUGUCUCGAGUUUGUGGAUGGCGUCAUUGGGAACCUGAGCAGCCUCGUGAAUUUUGCAAAGUUUGACAAUGGCCAAGAACAAAUUUAAAGGACAGAAGUCCAGGAAUGUAUUUCACAUAGCCAGCCAAAAAACCUUCAAGGCUAAAAACAAAGCAAAACCAGUUACUACUAAUCUUAAGAAGAUAAACAUUAUGAAUGAUGAAAAAGUCAACAGAAUGAACACAGCUUUUGUAAAUAUACAGAAAGAACUUGCAAAUUUUUCAAAAAGCCUUUCUCUUAAAUCUAUGCAGAAAGAGCUGGUGGUAUCUCUUCUUGUGAAAAUUGACAAAAAUACCCACCAAGAUGCCUCACAUCCCAGUCUUUCUGAAUGGAACUUGUGCCUCCAACAAUAGACCAGGAGAACAGGAUGUGCAUCGAUGGGAGCAAUAUGCUUUUUAGUAUCCUCAGCUCUGAACUGGAAUUGUCUAGACUCUAAGACUCCAAUAUCUACAAUCUAGUCUCCAGAAAUUACUAGACUAGAGAAUCAAAAGCUAAACAGAACUGGGACUAGCCAUGGUCUAGCAGUAAUCGGUAGCAUCUUUACCAUCUAACUUUCCUUCAAGGAUUUGUUCUUGGGUUUGAGUUUAUUCUGAAGAGCAGCAGUCUAUUGCAAAGUAGCCAUUAAAAAAAAAAAUCCAAAUUAA